UGAGUUCGUGCCACCCAAUAGAUGUUAGAGGGUUAGGGUUAGGCCGGCAUGAUUUCACUGAUGCAACUGAAGGAGAACAAAAGCAGUUUUCUCUCAUCUCUGAAUUCAACAAGCAUCUAAAAAGGAUGGACCAAGGAGACAGAGGGAUGGAUGCCUCUCACCUGCGGUAUGAGGAAGAAGACGACCAUCAGUCCAUUUACAUCGGUGUCCCCGUAUCUCGAGGAUACCGCCGCAAACGCAGGCGAAGGCGCUCCAGCAGGGAGACGCAAGACAUGGACAGGGACAGACGCUGCAACCAGCAGAGACACCAUGACCAUGAGCGCUACAAAGACAUAGACAUAGAGGAAGGACUCAUGGAUUCAGCUGAGCAGAGUCUCCAAGACAUCAACCGCACAAUGUCACCCGCCGCAGAGCGACUACGUUACAUCCUGAGUGAAGACGAUGACAUGCACACACCAACACUCUUCACCGAGAUGGACACUCUUCAACGAGAGGGUGAUGAGCUGGAGUGGAAGGAGACGGCCAGGUGGGUGAAGUUUGAGGAGAAGGUGGAGGAAGGAGGAGAGAGAUGGAGUAAACCCCACGUGUCCACAUUGUCCUUGCACAGUCUUUUUGAGCUCAGGACAUGUCUCCAAACAGGGACAGUGCUACUGGAUCUGGAAGGCUACUCCCUGCCUCAAAUAAUUGAUGACAUCAUAGAGAGACAGGUAGAAGAAGGGAUGAUACCGCUUGAGCUCAGAGAGAAAAUCAGUUUUGUUCUUUUGAGGAAACAUCGACAUCAAACCAAGAAACCCAUCCAUCGCUCACUGGCCGACAUGGGCAAGUCCAGCUCUUCUACCAAUCGAAAUGCAGCUCCCCGAGCCGGAGUGGGCUUGGGCCCGGUUCAGGGACAGGCGUCAAAUUUUUACCGAUCCACAGAAGAUCUUUGCAUGAAGCAGCCGUCUGCUAGCUACGGCCGUCUGCGUCACACUCAGAGCCGAAGUAUGAACAAUAUCGCAGAGACUCCCAGCCCAGACCAGUUGAAAAAUAAAUUCAUGAAGAAAAUCCCCCGAGAUGCAGAAGCAUCAAACGUCUUAGUGGGCGAAGUGGAUUUUCUCAACAAACCCUUUGUUGCGUUUGUCCGUCUGGCCCAAGCAACGACACUUGGAGGCCUCACAGAGGUUCCUGUUCCCACCAGAUUCCUGUUUAUUCUUCUGGGACCCCAAGGAAAGGCCAAGUCUUAUAAUGAGAUCGGACGAGCCAUAGCAACCCUAAUGGUGGACGAUCUUUUCAGUGAUGUAGCUUACAAGGCCAGAGAUCGGGAAGACCUUAUUGCUGGCAUAGACGAGUUUUUAGAUGAAGUGAUUGUGCUUCCACCCGGAGAAUGGGAUCCUAAAAUCCGUAUUGAGCCACCAAAGAAAGUCCCCUCAGCUGACAAAAGAAAAUCUGUGUUUUCCUUGAACGAAGUGGGACAGAUGAAUGGUGCAGCAGGAGGAGGGGGAGGCCUCUCGGAGGAUGAGGAGAUGCCAGAGCAGCAUGAACUUGGUGAAGAGCUGGCGUUUACUGGACGCUUCUGUGGUGGUCUGUACUUGGACAUUAAGAGAAAAUUACCAUGGUUGCCAAGUGAUCUCUAUGAGGGCUUCCAUAUUCAGUCCAUCUCUGCUGUACUCUUCAUCUACUUGGGUUGCAUCACCAACGCUAUCACCUUUGGUGGUCUGCUCGGAGAUGCUACAGACAACUACCAGGGUGUGAUGGAGAGCUUCCUGGGUACAGCCUUGGCUGGUUCUGUCUUCUGUCUCUUCAGCGGUCAACCCCUCAUCAUACUCAGCUCCACUGGACCCAUCCUCAUCUUUGAAAAGCUUCUAUAUGAAUUCAGCAAGAACAAUGGCAUAGAUUACAUGGAGCUGCGUCUGUGGAUUGGCAUUCACUCUUGCCUCCAGUGUCUCAUACUUGUUGCCUCCGAUGCCAGUUACAUCAUCAAAUACAUGACUCGGUUCACUGAAGAAGGUUUCUCCAGCCUCAUCUCUUUCAUUUUCAUCUCUGACGCCAUCAAGAAGAUGGUGUCCACUUUCAAGUAUUACCCCAUUAACACCGACUUCAAGCCGGACUAUGUCACCACUUACAAGUGCGAGUGCUUGGCCCCAGACCCAGUUCCAAUGCCAGAUAACAGCUCUAGUAUCUCUGGGUUGAAUGUGACAGCUCUGGACUGGAGUCAGCUGAGCAAGAAGGAGUGUCUGAAGUACGGAGGCUCCUUGGUGGGAAAGUCCUGCAAAUUUGUCCCAGACCUGGCCCUCAUGUCCUUCAUUCUUUUCUUUGGCACCUACUCCAUGACUGUCUCUCUCAAGAAGUUCAAGUUCAGUCGCUACUUCCCAACCAAGUUAAGGAAGCUCAUCAGUGACUUUUCAAUCUUCAUGUCCAUCAUGACGUUUGUUGGCCUCGACAUGCUGAUGGGACUUAAAACUCCCAAACUAAUCGUUCCCACAGAAUUUAAGCCAACGAGAUCAGACCGUGGCUGGCUGGUGAUGCCUUUUGGAAAGAACCCAUGGUGGGUUUACCUAGCUAGCUUUGUUCCUGCUCUUCUUGUGACUAUCCUCAUAUUCAUGGACCAGCAGAUCAGUGCUGUCAUUGUCAACCGCAAGGAAAACAAGCUAAAGAAAGGUUGUGGUUACCACCUGGACCUGUUCUGGGUGGGGGUCCUCAUGGCCGCGUGCUCCUUCUUGGGUCUGCCCUGGUAUGUAGCUGCCACCGUCAUCUCCAUUGCUCAUAUUGACUCUCUGAAGAUGGAGAGUGAGUCCAGUGCUCCUGGAGAGCAGCCGCAGUUCCUUGGGGUCAGAGAACAGCGGAUCACGGGCAUCCUGGUGUUCGUUCUCACCGGAGUGUCCAUCUUCCUUGCUCCAAUACUCAAGUUCAUCCCCAUGCCUGUGCUCUACGGUGUCUUCCUCUACAUGGGCGUGGCUUCUCUCAGUGGAAUCCAGUUCUGGGACAGGAUCAAGUUGUAUUUAAUGCCGUCCAAGCACCAGCCUGACUUUGCCUAUCUCCGCCACGUUCCUCUGAGGAGGGUACACCUGUUCACUCUCAUACAGAUUACCUGUCUGGCUGUGCUCUGGGUCCUUAAAUCCACCUUCUUAGCCAUUAUAUUCCCUGUUAUGAUCCUGGGUCUGAUGGUGGUACGAAAGAUGCUGGACAUGGUCUUCUCCCAGCAUGACCUGGCCUGGUUGGACGACCUCCUGCCCGAGAAAGAGAAGAAGAAAGAUGAGGACAAGAAGAAGAGGAAGGAAAAAGAGAAGGAUAAGAAGAAAGCCAAAGAAGACGACAGUGAGGACGAGGUGAGAAACGACAAGUACCAUGGUUACCCAAACCACUCCCCCAGCUCAGAGUCAGACGUGGAUCGCAGCAUCACCGUCCAUUUGAAGAUCUCCUGCCCGUCAUCUCCAGCUAUGCCUAUGGGCAGAGGGAUGGCCUGCCCCGUGCCCCAGGUCAAGAUCGAGAUGGAGUCGGACUACGACUCAGACCUAGACCACCACCGGGUCCGGGACAUGAGCAGUGAGACCACCUUGUGAGAUGCUGGACAUAGGUUCUUGUGGACUGAGUGAUAUCAAGCUGCCCAGGACAGAGAUCUAAAUACUGAAGUGAAAACUGAGGUUGUCAGGUUAAAAUGAUGGUUUUUAAAACUAGUGUCAUCAGUGCAGUAUGUUAAAACUGCCAAAUAUGACCUGAUCAUGAAUGAACACCAUUUUGAGAUUACUCACUGCUAGCUACACAUGAACAGUGUAAUAAAACUUAACCAAACCCAGAUUUCGCUGUACAGUAACUUCAUGGAAGUUUGUUUGUAUAAAGACAUAUUUUAAUGAAGCUAUUUAAAGAAAAGUUUCCUUUUGUAACUGGAACUGAUAUUUGUGAAGUUAUAAGAAGCAGUGCUUUCUGUAUGUGUGUGUGUGUGUGUGUGUGUGUGUGUGUGUGUGUGUAUAUAUAGUAUAUAUUAGUAUAAGUGUGUGUGUUAGGUGUCUGCUGUGUUGUCCAUCUGUCUCACCGAUCAUAAUUUCCCAGUUCAGGGCUAACCCUAACCCUAACCCCAACCCCAGCUCAAACUUCCCUAUUGGCAAAUUGACUAUAAACAAAAAGAAACAACCAAAAGGCGCUGGCAUUUUUUCUUUCUGAAGUAACAAUUGAAUAGCUGAAUCUAACAGGUUUAGAUUUGAGCUCUUACUUUGAAAUUCUGUUUAUGAACAUGCUCUGUAUGAAAACUGUGAACCUAUAAGAAUGUACGUUUUUAUGAGACGAA